CAGACGAUAUCUGAUACUGCCAUCUUGAGACAAGGAAAGAAGAAAACCCCCCACGAUAGUCCCCAGGUUGCAACUACUUCUACUCUUCACACCCAAACACCUCUGACUCGACCAGACUGGGAGUCCCUCUUCCUGUCCGCGAGCCCUCAUGAUGGUCAUUAGAAAAUUCAUGGAUAGCCUCACCGGCGCCUUCAAGCCUACUAAUACACUGAACGGCACACAGCACCAGCGUACACUGCCCCCUCUGCCCGACGCGCCGUUGGCUUCCGCCUCUCACGAGCCGCCCGCCACGAAACAGAAGAGUCACGAGCCAGACACAUUCUCCACCUCACAGUCCUACUUCGCCAUUGAUUCAGAGCCCAGAUCUGCCCCUGCGCGGAGACCUUCCGCCAGCAGUAUACUAUCAGGAGACUUCCCCCGGAAGGCAGCCAGUGUUCAGUCGUCAAGCAAACCCGCGAGUCUGACAAACGUCGGGGAAUAUCGGUCGGUCGAAAAGCAGACCCAGCCUCCAAAAUCCAAGAGAAAACGCCUGGGAAAACUACCAAACAUUUGUGCCUCGAGUCCGCAGGUUCUAGAUGACAGUGACAGUAUUGUGGACGAUGGCGAUGCCGAGAAAGUUGACCUGAUACAAGCCUGGGAGAUGGAUAAACAGCCGAAUGCCCCCAUCGAGCACCAAGAUAAGCCCCUCGACGAGUAUCGCGAGCGUUUCUACAGACCCUCCUACCUACCAAGCAAGCCCACUGCCUCCCAACCCAAUGCUUCCAAACGAAAAUGGGGAUUGGAUUCAAAGGAGCCUCGCAAGCAACCUAGGAACUCGAGUCCUGAUCCUUUGAGCGGGGAAGGCGAGUUCGUCCACAGAAGCUUGCCUCAGUCGAGGACAAUCGCAUCCAAGAGCGAGUCUCGAAGAGGAGAGAUCCGGCCUACAGAAUUCAAGAAGCCACCAAAAGCAGCCGCUGAUUCCCGCAAAGGCAAUAAACGGCCAGACAUCGACCAUGCCAGGGAUAUCCUUGGGACGGGACUUAGGAUCAAAUCAGCUGUUGAUGGCCGGUACAUGUAUUCUGCACUCAGGGAAGAUCCAAAUGAAGAGUGCUCACUGCGCGUACACGAUGUCAGCACUAUACUUCUACCCACGACCAGUGAAGGAGAUGUGAUGGGAGAAUACAGCUACCUUGCGGUGGACUUGAAGAAGUCCAAUGCGAUCAAGUAUGAAACGACACCUGGCCACGUCGUCUGUAUUGAGCGAUCUCUGGACCCCGGCAUGUCGGCUGGGCCAAAAUUACUUGUCGAGUUUACCGACCGCAAAGGGCUCGAGUUGUUUGUACAAUGGGUUCAAAUGGAAAGGAGCGAAUCGCUGCAACUUAGCGUCCAAGCCGUGCAAGACGACAAGCUGAGCAAGACACUGGGUCACAUGGGGGAGAAAGCCACAAAAAGCAAGGUCCUGAGAGACUCGGACAACACUCUGUCCCAGGUACCCGACGACGUCAAACUUAUGGAACGGCAACACGAAAAGCGAUUGCAAACUUCGCAGCCAUUAGCUCCAUGGAACCGAAAGCCGUCUGGGCCGCCAAAACUCCGCGACGCUAUGCGACCUCCCCCUUCCCAUAACCAUGUUCGUGAAGAGGAGUCUAUAACCAUUCCGGAAAGUCCUACAGCAUUAGCACCCGUCACUCGCGCAAGUCGAACACGUUCAGUCAAGCUCAUUGACAGGGUUCCCACCCCUAAAGGCUGGACGGAUGAGCACCCUAACUGGGAGAAGAGCUGGCGAAAUUCAUUGGUCUUUCCACCCCAGGGCAAGAACCGAGCCACUGUUGACAAAGAGGACAUAGUUAGACUUGAUGAAGGGCAAUUCCUCAACGACAACCUAAUCAUCUUUGGUCUACGCUAUUUACAAGAUCAACUAGAAAAGGAGCGGCCCGAGAUUGCCAAGCGAGUCUACUUUCAUAACACAUUCUUCUAUGACAAGCUCAAACCUUCAAAAAGCGGCGCUGGCAUAAACUACGACAGCGUCAAGGGCUGGACGGCCAAAGUGGACUUGUUUACGAAGGACUUCAUUGUCGUCCCUAUCAAUGAGCACGCUCACUGGUAUGUUGCGAUUAUCUACAAUGCGCCGAAGCUUAUUCCGGAAGAAAAUACAUCGGGGCUAGAUAGGAGAACAGAGACUGCUGAUGACGUUGAUGGCAUUCCAUCUGAAACCGAGCAAGCGGCAAUCACCGGCCAGCAUCUUACGGUUGCCCAUGAUAUUAGUACUCUCGGGGAAAGUGUUCCUUUGGUCGAGGAAGAGAUGCGUCGAAUGUCCAUAACAAGCUCAAACGAUGCCACAGAGCCGUCUGGCCAGGAUAAACAGGCUAAUAAGGAACUUCAAGGUGGGAACCAACCAACGGAGAAUGAGGACGUUUACGAAAUGAUUGAAAGCGAUGUGUAUGCCGCAGGAACACAACCCACCAAUGCUGCCUCUCGAAGAAAGGCACCGAAGAAAUCGAACAGCGGACAGCGCAAGCAUGAUACAAGUCAGCCGAAGAUCAUCACGUUGGACUCAUUGGGAUCAGCACAUUCCCCAGCGUGUUCGUACCUUCGCCAGUAUAUGGUCGCAGAGUUGAAAGACAAGAAGGGCCUUGAGGUUCCUGACCCUGGCAAGCUUGGCAUAACAGCGAAGCAUAUACCACUGCAAGAAAACUACUGCGAUUGCGGUCUGUAUCUUAUUGGCUACAUUGACGCUUUUCAGAGGGAUCCAGAUAAAUUCAUCCACAGCCUCUUGCAGUACGGCGAACCAGACUGGGAGUUGAAUUCAUCAGCCACGCGUCACAAGCUGAGAGAGUUAAUUUUCGAGCUUCAACGUCAGCAGCGGGAACGAGAAGAUCUCGAAGAGGCCGAAAAACGAGAAAGAAAACGCAAGAUCGCAGAGCAGAAGCGUAGCAAAAGUCGACCGUCAUCAAGUGAUGGAAAGUCCGAUAAACAGUCAACAGAGCCAGCGGAUCACGCAACGAAAUCGACUGUGAGGUCGGAAUUAUCUUCAGCGCUUGACAUAUGCCAGAACUCGACAACCCAGAAUACUUGUGAUGCCUCCUCUUUACUCCGCCGGAAUCUACGAGCAUCAAACAUCAAUACUGGUCAAGUUCUGAGUGGUGGCACGAAGUUCAACGAGCCUUUGUCGGGGACCAAAGAUACACCUCACGACCGCGAGACGACUACUCCGCAUGGUCGGGAAGCAGAACUUUGUUUCACUGCCCAAGUCGCCCGAACCCUUGGGGGAUACCUCGGACAACCCUGUUGAUCUCAGUAGCGCACAUCCAAGCAGCGUGCCCGAGCUUGACCUCCUGCAACGCCUCGAUGACGCUCUCACAACGGAGCAAAGGAGAAGGAGAAAAGAAAGACAAGAUGAAACAAGACCAACACGGGACCCUGACACUCCACGAAAAUCUGUGGAGCAGCAGAUGACCACUUUGUCCCAAGAAGAGGUCCGGGAAAUUCAGGUUCAGACGCCGCUCAAAGCGAAGAGAAAGCGUGAAGAAGAUCGUUCGCCAAAGACUAACAUUGAGAUCGAAAUACUCUCUAAUAACCUCAAGCGGCCUAGAGAUGCAACCAGCUCUCAUUACAGUCGGC